CCAUGGUCAUCAGGGAUUCUUUCAUCUGUAACACUCUCUUCCUUUCUUAUUGUUUCACAGUUCCAAGCAUUGGUCAAGCUGCCACCCUGGAGAAGCCCACAUUGUCUCUACAUCCACCUUGGACCACAAUCUUCAAGGGCGAGCGGGUAACCUUGCGGUGUGAUGGGCACUACCCUCUGCUCCUGGAGCUGCGACCCAUCAAUACUCUCUGGUAUUUGGGCCACCUACUACUGCCUUCUCACAAGAAGAGCAUCGAGGUACAGACCCCAGGGGUGUAUCGAUGCCAGACACGGGGAGCACCAGUCAGCGACCCCAUCCACCUGUCUGUAUCUAAUGACUGGCUGAUCCUGCAGGUGCCCUACACUGCGGUGUUCGAGGGCGAGCCGCUGAUCAUGCGCUGCCGCGGCUGGUACGACAAGGUGGUCUACAAGCUGCACUAUUACCACGAUGGCCAGGCGGUGCGCUAUUUCCACUCGAGCACCAAUUAUACGGUGUUGCAGGCGCGCGCCAGCGACAGUGGACGCUACCAGUGCUCUGGCACCAUGCGCAUCCCGGUGGAGAGCGCGCCCAUGUUCUCGGCCAAGGUGGCCGUGACCGUGCAAGAGCUGUUCCAGACCCCCGUGCUAAGGGUGCUGCGCCCACACGAGGUCCGCGGCUCCGCGCCCCGUGGGGUGGCCCUGCGCUGUGAGACGCGCUUGCACCCGCAGAAGCGCGACACUCCCCUGCAGUUCGCCUUCUACAAGUACAGUCGCCCCGUGCGCCGCUUCGACUGGGCCCCCGAGUACUCGGUCCCGGAGCCCGAGGUCGAGGAGCUCGAAGCCUACUGGUGCGAGGCGGCCACCUCGACCCGCAGCGUCAGAAAGCGCAGCCCGUGGCUGCAGUUGCCGGGGCAGGGCUCUCCCUUGGAGCUGGCGUCCACCUCUGUCUCGGAUCCCCAGGGUGCCGCCUUGGCGCCAGGUAACAAGCCGCUUUCCUUCAGAAAGCCCCCAGUGUCCAGGUCGGUCCCGCUGGUCACCUCUGUCCCAAAUGCCACCUCAAUGGGGCUACAGUUCCCGGCCGGCCACAGCGCUCCCACUGCUGGGCCGCCCGCCUGCGCUCCGCCCACGCCUACAGGACAGUCCGCAGGAGCGCUGAAACCCGACGUGCACCUUCUCCUCCGAGAAAUGCAGCUGCUCAAAGGUCUUCUGAGCCGGGUGGUCCUGGAAUUAAAGGAGCCACAGGCUCUGUCGGAGCUCACAGGAUCCCCGAAAACUACCACUUCCCACUUGGCUGUGAGCCCAGGGACCCCAGAGAGCACUUCAGUGGAGGCCUGAAGGGCGGCCUCGGUCUUCCUCUGGGACGGCCGCCGCUCAGCAAAGACCUUUCAGAGCCAUCUCUGUCCUUGUUUUGC